CCCCGCCCGUCAGCCGCCAUCUUCGCGCGGCCGUUCGUUUGGUUGUGGCCGCCUCAGCUCGCGCGGUGGUCGACGACUCCUCUGCAUCCUCCCUCGUCGUCGUUGUCGUCCUCCUUCUCUCCGCGAGUUCCUCUCGCUUACCGCCACGCAUCUCUCGUUCUCCUCGGAAGAACCUCGCCCCGCCUCCGCGAAGCAAUGAGACGCGGCCGAGUGUAGCCGCGGCGUCCGUUCCCGCCUCCCGCGCGCGCUUCCUCAUUGUUUCUCCUUCGAUCUGCCGGCGGCGCGCACAGCAAAGCAACAGGCAGGAUGUUCUGGAAGUUUGACCUGCACACGACGUCGCACAUCGACACGCUGCUGGAAAAGGAUGAUGUGACGCUUGCCGAGCUCAUGGAUGAGGAUGACGUGCUGCAGGAAUGCAAGUCCCAGAACCGCAAGCUCGUCGACUUCCUGGUGCACCCGCUCGCCAUGCAGGAGCUUGUGCGCCUCAUCACCCAGGAGCCGGCCGAGGACCUCGACGAGAAGAUCCGAUACAAGUACCCGAAUGUGGCGUGCGAGCUGCUGACGGCCGACGUGACGCAGAUUAACGACCGGCUCGGGGAUGACGAGGCCCUGCUGGCGCGCCUCUACGCCUUCCUAGAGCAGGAGCCACCCCUGAACCCGCUCCUCGCCAGCUUCUUCAGCAAGAUCAUGGGCAUCCUCAUCAGCAGGAAAACUGAGCAGAUUAUUGACUUCCUACGGAAGAGGGACGACUUUGUGGGUCUGCUACUCAAGCACAUUGGCACAUCGGCCAUUAUGGACCUGCUGUUCCGCCUGCUCACGUGUGUUGAUCCCCCCAAGCUCAAGCAGGACGUGCUCAACUGGCUGAAUGAACAGAGGUUGAUUCAGAGGCUAAUUGAGCUGAUUCACCCUUCUCAGGAUGAAGAUAGACAUUCAAAUGCGUCUCAGUCACUGUGUGACAUCAUCCGGUUGAGCCGGGAGCAGAUUAGCCAGGUGCAGGAGAACCCAGAGCCAGACCCCCUGCUCACAACCCUGGAGAAGGAAGAGACCAUAGAGCAGCUUGUGAGCAACAUGUUUGAUGGUGAGAAAAACGAGUCUGCCCUGGUGAAUGGAAUCCAGGUGCUCCUCACCCUGCUGGAGACAAAGCGCCCAACGCUCGAGGGACAGCUGGACCUGUUCCCACAGACCACCGAGCGACCGCCGGUGGCCGUGAGUGGUAGCACAUUGCAGGGCAUCAAGGCACGGUUAAAAGACUUCCACGCCUUAUUGCUCGAGCCCCCAAAGAAGAAUGCCAUGACUACAACAAUAGGGGUGCUGGAGCCCCCACUGGGGAACACGCGGCUGCACGUGGCCAAGCUCGUGUCGGCCGUGCUGCAAACCAACACACAAGCACUUAAUCAGCAGCUCAUGCAGCUCGACACCAUCGCUGUGCUGCUGGACCUUUACUUCACGUACGUAUGGAACAACUUCUUGCACUUACAAGUGGAGCAGGCGGUCACCACAAUCCUCAACAACCCCCCCAGCACAGAGGAGAGCGACGAUCCUGGGACAGAGGACGGAGUGGACGUCAGGAGGGAAAACGCCUCGGUAAAAAGUCUUUUCCAAAGGUGUCAACUUGUACAAAGGAUGCUCGGUGCGUGGGAGUCAAACGAAAAAGAACAGGAGGAAGGUGGAAGGCGGAGGGGCUACAUGGGCCACCUGACCAGGAUAGCCAACGCUGUGGUGCAGAGCGCGGAGAAGGGACCCAAUGCUCUUCUCAUCAAGGAGCUGCUCACAGAGCUUCCAGACGACUACAGGGAGCGGUGGGACGUGUUUGUGGGCAGCGCACUGGUGGACAUCAACAAAAAGAACACAGUAGAUUUGGUGAGGAGCCUCGUGAGCCCCUACAACCAGCACUCGUCGAGCGAGGAUGACGAUGCAGACAUCAAGGACAUCGGAUUCCCCCCGGAUGCCUCCCUGCAGCAGGCCUUCUCUGAUUAUCAGAUGCAACAAAUGACGUCCAAUUUUGUUGACCAGUUUGGCUUCAGUGAUGAGGAGUUCGCCGAGCAGGAAGACAAUGUGAACGCUUCCUUUGAUAGAGUAUCUGAAAUAAAUUUUGCCAUGAAUGCAAACGACGAAAGCCAAAACGCGGCGCUGUUUGAGGCGUGCUGCAAUGAGCGCAUCCAGCAGUUUGACGACGAGAGUGGCGCGGACGAGGAGGACAUCUGGGAGGAGAAGCAGAUCACAUAUGCCACCAACGUCAAAGUCCGGCAGAGGUUUGGUGUGUUGUAUUCGACCAGCAAUACGGGCAAAACGUCGGGCGAUAGUGGGGGCAGCGAAGAGAGCACAGACUCGGAGGAGGACGUGGAGGAGGAGGACGUGAGCGUCAAGCCCUGCCGCCACUCGGCCAACAACAACAACGCGGAAGACCGAAUGGAUGUCGACGGUGCUGACGCUUCAGGUCCCGGAUGGACAGCGCGAUUUGAUGACGUGGCGAUGGACACGGGGGGUGGGGCAUCUGCCGACGGUGACGUGGGAGGACGGGCGGGUGACAGCAGCAGCACCAGCAGCAGCUCCAGUUCGUCUCCAGCUGUAGUGGACACAGGCUCCAGUCUGUGGGAGAACGCAGGGGGCAGCCCUGGACCUGGGCAGCAGGGCCUCAGCUGGGCUGAUUUUCCUGACACCAAACCCAAAACCUCCAGUCUCUCGGUCACCGGCCCCAGGAGUAGCUCUCCCAUCGCAAUGGAAACUGGCCCUGACACCACCGACCACACGAACAAGCACGCGGCCUCGCAGACGGCCGACCUACCACCGGUGGUGAAGCAGCAGCAGCAGCAGAAGCCCGAAGGUGGCAGCAGUAGCAGCAGCAGUUUGCACACAGCACGGGCUGUUGCACCGGGCGUGCCUUCGGACGAUGACAACAGUUCAUCAGGAGGCUCGGACAGCGACGAUCACGAGGAGGUGGCGGCGGCGGUAGUCGGGGCGUCGCCGACGUCCUCUUCUGCUCCCGGCGGAGCUGCCAGCAGUGCCGUCUCGCGGCCCGGGGGCUGUGUUGUCACGGAAACGAUCACGACGGGCUCCGUGCAGGAGACCGUGUGCCUCACCAUGGACGCGAAGAGCGAGACGGCGGUCUUCAAGAGGUGCAGGAUCUUUAGGUCAACAUGUAGAUGCAGUGACGCGGCGGAUGUGGUGAGCUCGGAUGACGUUCCCAUCACCGAGAUGUCCCUCAGUGGCUCCGAGUCUCCUCAAAGUCCAGUCGCGCAGCCCCCACGGACUACUGGCCCAGCGGACAGGAGUUCCCCGGGCCAUGAGGAGCCUGGCAAGGAUCUGGCGAUAGCGGUGCCCGUAGAGAAUGGACCUCUGGAGGAAGUCCUGCCAGAAACCCUGCCCAGGUGAUGCCGGCCGGAGCCACUUGCUGCUGGUGAAGUCAUGACAAGCGUCUCGUCAGCUUAGUGGUGAAGUGCGGCGCAAACGUUUGAUUUCGUCGUGGCUGGGGGAAAUCUCACACUCGUCGAGGCUGGGGAAGUCUUAUCAGAACAAGUCGCAAAAACAAUAAAAAGUGUAAAGUUGUUCCCAGCGUACGCCUCGAUAUCCAGCCUAGGUCUUUUAACGGUGCGCAUUGAAAGCUCGGCUGUAUUUUUACCAUUGUCCCCUCCCAAAUUCGUUCAGCCACUAAACCUCAGAAUAUAUUAUUGAGUAAAAGAAGAGAGCAAUAUUAUAAUAUAGCAGCCCUGUUAUUGCGUUUUGCGUGUGCAAGGAAAUAAUUGGGGAGGGGGGUGGGGAGGAUAACAACCGAUGUAAAUUGACGUUUUAAGUUUAGAGUUGUGCAGAUUUUUAAUCGCAAACCCCCUAAGUGUUUUCAAAGGGUAACAGUGGAGAAAAGGAUAAACUUUCCCAGCGGAAUGGCACAUCACAGGACUAGCACAUACGUUUUGACAGCAGGAACAUAUUUUUGUUUAAGUAAGGUAAUAUAUGGCCUGUACUUUUUUGAAAGCAGCAAAGUUUUGCAAAAAAUAUACAUUAAACAUUUUUAAAACGGCAACACAGAAUGGUCAUUCAGUCUUGGCAAGGAUCGUAUUGUUUAAUACAUCGCUUUGGAAUUAACGUUAGAAAGAAAUGUGCAAAUAUAUAUUGUACGUCUGAAACUAAUAUAAUGAAUGGACCAUUUCAAAUCAUGUAAUUAACUAAACAUACCCUGACUAAACAUACCCUGACGUGAGACAUUGGACGCGAUAAUAAAUGAUCAUGGUUGUUUUGUCGAAUGGUUUGACGUUUCUAAAUUAAAAUCGACAAACCAAAUUGAUGGUGAAGCUACAAAGGAGGCUUCUGAUGUGAGCAAACGCCAUUGCUGAACGUGCUGUCGACUACGCUUACUGUGUAACUGUUCCUGUGUUUGCAUCUUGUACAAAAUACAGCUGAAUUAGCAGCCCGGAGGAGUAACGUUGUGGUUAUCUUAAUUUCUGCCAAACCAUACCCUUCUCCACACCACCUCCCCCUCCUCCCCACAUUCCCAAAGGCCCCGUCUUUCCCAACAGAAACUAAAUCCUGGCCAGAUUGUAGAAUUGCAGUGUAUACUUGGAUAUUUUGGAAUUGCUUGUAUUAAACCAAUUGCCAUAAAUACAACUUGAGUGGCUGUUUAAUAAUAAGGCUGUCGGUGCCACUGUUGAUGUUUUACCAAGUGUUUGAUUAAACUUAACGCAAAUGCUUCUAUAUGCACUCUCGAUUAUGUUCCGUGUGAUUCAGGUAGCUUUGUAUUAUUAUAAAGUCUUUCCCCCCCCCCCACCCCCUUUCGUUGAAUGCAAUUACAAAAAAAUGCCCUUAUUUUUUCCUCCCUUGUUGGAUCUUCCCUUUCCCUCCCCCGUCCACCAUGACCUUUCCCUCUAAAAAAAAUUGUUGAUAAAAUAACCGUUGUGUACAGAG